AUGCGGCCGCCCGGCUCCCGGCCCCGGCUGGCUGCGGCUGCCCGGCGGCACGGCGAGGCGUCCUGCUCCUCCUCCCGCCGCCUCCCUUCCCCCUUACAUAACCUCCCUCCCGGGCGGCGGCGGCACCGAGCAGCCUCCCGCGGCACCCGCCGCCCCGCCAGGCGGCAGCGCGGGGGCGGUGGGGCGGAGCGGGGCGGAGCGGCGGCCGCGCCCCCGGGGUCCCUCCGCUCCCCGCCCCCGGCUCGGGCAGGAGCCGCGCUGCCGGCACGGGGGUGCCCGGCAGAGGUGGAGACCCCGGAGGGAGGGAGCAACCCCUACCUUCCGGCUCCUGCCGCCCGCCUCGGGGGUGCCGGGGCCAAAACUUUGGGGGAAGUUGUGGGGGAGCGCUGCCCCGACACUGCGAGACUGGGAACGGCGUGGGGCCGUGAGCCGACCGGAUCCCGCUGCGGUCCGAGAGCCCCGAGAGCCCUCCGGCCCCGACCCCAGGGAUGUCCCGUGAAACACAAGCCGGAGAUUUCCUGGCUCAGAAGGGAAGCAGCCCUGCCCGUGUCUUUUCAGGCUUUUAUUCUGUUUUCCCAGGGAAACGACCAGACCCCCGCAUCUCGCGUUGGAUCCCAAGAAGCUCUGGGACCACCGGGCAGCUUCAGCCCCUGGCAGACCGAACCCCCCGGCCCGGCCAGCACCCCACCGGCCAGCCCCAGGCACAGCCUGCAGCAGAGGGACGAGCGGCACCGACCGGCUUUGAGCCCUCGCAGCAGCCCUGCAAAGCAGUGCCGCACACGGUCGCCAGGCGUUACUUCCCUCUAGGUUCCGUGAAAAUAAAAGAGGGAUGUUUCCUUACUACUGAAGGCAAAACCGCCCUAGCGUGGAAGAGCCGCGUUGCGCUGCCCGGUGCAGUGCCGCUGCCCUCCGACGGUGCCAGAACGCAGAUCCGUACAGAGCCGUGCCCGGCUGUCCUGCUGCUGGCAGAGCGGGCACGGUUGCUCCCCGGGAGAAGGCACCCAGUCCACAGAGAGGACUUGAGCUUCUCCCACACAAAGUUAUAAUUAAUACCCUGCCAGGAAGAGUGAUUAUUUUCGUCUUUUCUUACUAUCUCACGUCAAUUCAUCUUUCAUGGAAAGUUGAAGUGGUUGGAAAGGCUUUAUGGCUGCUUGCUUAACCCCGUGUGCAGUGACGCCAGCACAGCCCCCCACCGUAGCAGACAGCUUCUUCCUGAUGUCUGGAGAGCCAAAAUGGAAUUGCAAUCCCAUAUACUAAAAACAAACAAACAAACAAAACCCCACAGUUCUUCAGAAAUUCCCUCCGUUGCUCCAUCAGGAUGAGAUAUUCUCCUUUCUGAAGCGUGGCACACUGUGGUCUCCUGGCUGGUGCCAAACAGGAUGAAGUUCUGUCCCCAGCUGAAGUCAGUGGCGAAGCCCCAGGGGUGGGGACGAGGCUGAGCCCUGUGCAAACCACUUGUUCCAUCAGCACUGCAGGAAGCCAUCGCCCUAUGGAUGACUCCAUCUUCAUUCCUCUGCUGCUACGAGGAGUCCUGAGUUGUGCAUCAUUGCCAUUGAUUCACGCUGUUUGAUAUAAUAUAGUUUGCCAUCUCCUUGAGGUAUUCUGAGAUCUCUGUAAGUGAGAACUAUAAAUAAGCUUUCAAAAUGAA